AGUCGGCGGGAACCGGGCAGGGGGUUGGGGGCUGGGGACUCGGCCGGCGCCAGGGCCUGAACGGAGCGCGCCGGUUUCCUGGCGUGGAUAUAUCUGCUUCUAAUGUGGCUGUAAUUGGCACGCUAUCCCAUACCAAAGUACCUUUUGAGCAGAAGAAAAAGAGGUGAACUAUAAAGUGAGAGCCAGUUUCAUCUCUACUCUGCAAACUAGGAGAAAAACUUUCACCCGAGGACAGAUCAGGUGCUGUUUUUCAACCCUAAGCUUUUGACCAAGAAUGAAACUAUUAAAAAAUUAAGAUGCCAACAGAUCAUGAAGAGCCCUGUGGUCCCAGUCAUAGGUCAUUUUGCCUGAAUGGAGGGAUUUGUUAUGUGAUACCUACUAUUCCCAGCCCAUUUUGUAGAUGCAUUGAAAAUUAUACAGGAGCUCGUUGUGAAGAGGUUUUUCUCCCAAGCUCCAGCAACCAAACUAAAAGUGACCUGUUUGCAGCUUUCGUGGCAUUGGCUGUUCUUCUAGGAACUCUUAUCAUUGGAGCCCUCUACUUCCUUUGCAGGAAGGGCCACCUUCAGAGGGCCAGUUCGAUCCAGUAUGAUAUCAGCCUGGUAGAGACAAGCAGUACCAGUGUCCAUCACAGUCAUGGAGAACACUGAAGAAAUAUCACAGUGAACCCAAAUCACUGCUUUUUUGUUACAAAGGCAGAAAAUGAAACACCAAAAGGAUUUUCAUUAAGCAGACUCAUUCCCUUUCUACAAAUGAAAACCAAGUCAGUCAUCUAAAAAUCUCAAUUUCAAAUCAAGAGGAUUUAGUCUUCUGUUUUCAUUAAAAUGGAACUUAUGGUGGUGCUCAAAUGGGUUAGACUGGGCACAAAAUGACGGAAGUAGAUUUUUUUCUCAAAAAUUUCUGCAGAAUGCCUAGGAAAUUCUCAGAUUUGUAAAAGUUUAUUUUACAUUCUUUGCAUGUUCGUUGUGUUAAAUUUGUAAUAUAAAUUAGUGGCAAAACUCUUGCUGUUUGGCUUCUCUUACUAGGUUGAAAAGUUGUUUUAUUUACCAAUGAUGCAGGUUUAAGCAAAGUUGAGAAUUAAUUACAGAAGUGAACUGGCCUUCUGGACCCCCUUCAUUACUCUAGGUCACAGACUAUUAAUUAUAACAAUGUGUAGGGUGUCUGUUUUGAGAUCUUAAUUCCAAGCUUCCUUAUUCUUUCUUAUAUUGCUACAUGGCUUUUCAAGGAGUUUAUUCCUUUGAAGCAGCCUUUAACAAGGCAAAUUGUAGCUGCAGAAAGAUUCUGCUUUGAAAGCACA